CAGGUAUACCUUGCAUAAGUAUUUUUCGACCCAAGUCCCAUCGUCACUACACAGUUACUCCAAGACUGCAUUCGCCAUGGCCCCUGCUCUCAGCGUUGCCUCCCCGGUUCCUACGACCAAGUCCGCCUCAGAGGGCAAGCCUGCGGGGGCCAAGUCUGCAGUUGCCUCCUGCGUACUCCACAAGACGCCUAUUACACCCCCUCUUGCUGUCGGGGCGCAAGGCAUCUACUUCGACCUAGCUGACGGUCGCCGCAUCAUCGAUGCCGUCGGUGGUGCAGCAGUAGCCUGCAUUGGCAGUGGCCAUCCCGUAGUUGUCGAAGCGAUCCGCGAGCAGGCUGGGAAGCUAUCCUACACUUUCCAUCAGCAGCUCACUAACGAGCCAGUCGAAUUGCUCGCGAAGACAAUCAUUGAUGACAGCGAAGGGGCCUUCGCCCUCGUAGGCUUCGUCGCCGGAGGCACUGAGGCGAUGGAAGGUGCUCUAAAGACGGCGAGACAGUACUUCUACGAGACGGGCCAGACCCAACGUACAAAGUUCAUCGGAAGAAAGGUGUCCUACCACGGUGCAUCUCUUGGUACUCUCGGGGCUGCUUUCAACGCCGCUCGUCGUGCUCCAUAUGAACCCAUUCUGGACCACGAGACGUUCCACCAUGUUUCCCCCGCGUACUAUAAGCGCUUCCAUCAGCCGGGUGAGACCGAGGAACAGUACGUUGAGCGCCUAAAGAACGAGCUUGAAGCCAAAUUUCUGGAGCUCGGUCCCGACAAGGUCAUUGCAUUCGUCGCCGAGACCGUCGUGGGCGCCAGCUCGGGAGUGGUGAUUCCCCCGAAAGGCUACUUCAAAGCUGUCAAGUCCGUUUGCGACAAGUACGGUGCUUUGCUUGUUCUCGAUGAAGUAAUGAGCGGGAUGGGGCGCGUCGGAUCGAUGCACGCAUGGCAGACGUUUGGCGAUGGAGUGUCACCAGACAUCCAGGCCGUAGCGAAGGGCCUCGGCGCAGGCUAUACCCCCAUGGGGGCUGUCCUGAUUUCACGAAAGGUUGCCGACGGCCUCCACAGUAAGACCGGCAUAUGGCAGCACGGCUACACUUACCAGGCGCAUCCUCUGUGCUGUGCCGCCUCCCUUGCCGUUCAGAAGGUAUUGAAAGACGAGAACCUGAUAGCAAAUAUCCGCAAGCAGGGAGCACUGCUCGGAAACCUGCUGAAGUCCGGUUUGACUGGCUCCGGUAGCGUUGUUGCCCCGUAUGUUUUCGACAUUCGUGGGUCCGGCGGAUUCUGGGCGGUGGAGUUUGAAGUGGCUCCCGCAGGAGCUCCCAAGUUGGACUUCGGCGGUAAGAAAUUCGGGCCGCUCGUCGAGGCGCGCUGUUUCGAGAAGGGUGUCAUGAUCAUGGGCAUGUCGGGUGGCGGAAGCCUCGAUGGCACCGUUGGCGACCAUUGCAUGUUUGCCCCUGCUUACAACGUCAAGGCUGACGAGGUGCAGCGUAUCGUUGAAGUAUUCAUCCAGAGUGUAGAGGAGCUAGUGCAGGAGGCCCUCAAGGCGUAGAAAUCAUGUAUUCGACUUGUAGUAUAUUUCGCUUCAAUGGAUUUACAUCUCUAGUUUCA